AAACUCUAACUGUAUCUUUUCUAUAUCUCUGGCAUAAUUCAGAAAACUUAAAAAGAGGAUCCGGACAUUAUCUAUGUAUCUAUAUAUGUUUUUUUUAUAUUCUUAAUGAACAAGUCUAAAACCUUUUUAGCCUGGACUAACCCUGAAACGAUGACAUGAGGUUUAAUUUAAACAAUAUUCAUUCAUAAAUAAUUUGAUAAUAAUGUUUACAAACAAUGUCUUAUACAUGUAAUAGAUUGAGAAACAAACCAAAAGGCUUAUACUAAUCUCACUCUCAUGAGGUUUAACAUGUAUUUGAUAUUGGAGGAUCAUCCUUUGCCCGACCUCCCGGGACUCCGAUUUAGGAUUUUGAGAUCGGGAAAAAAUAUGCUUUGAAUUUGUGGGUUGUUAUUUUUUUUUUUUUUUUCUUCUAAUUUCUUUUAUUUAUUUUUAUUCAUUUUGUUUGUCAAGAUUUUUUCAGAAAUUUAUAAAAUAAUAUCUUCUCUGCUUGCUACACCCCCCCUCCCCACUAUGAAAAACUAUCAUACAGUGUGCCUGAUAAAAGAAAAAGGUGUAUUUUCAAUGGGCCUCGUUGAACAUGCCUUUUUGAUAUCGGGCUCGACAUUUUGAUUAUUCGGGAAGUUAAAACAUGGAUGGCUCGGGCGCGGAGAAGGAGGAGACACAUACUCAAAUUGGGAUUCUGACAGUCAGUGACAGAUGUUACAGAAAUGAGGCGACUGAUGGAAGCAGUAAAAACCUGAUAUCCUUGAUUCAGGAGAAAAAGAUAAUCCCUGGUGUGGUGGUGGUCACUAAAAUAGUUCCCGAUGAGGAGGACCAGAUCAGGUCCACACUGGUGGAGUGGAGUGACAUACGGAAACUGGACGUCCUACUGACCACAGGAGGGACCGGCUUCUCCCCCAGGGAUGUCACACCCGAGGCCACAAAGUCUAUCCUGGAGAAGGAAGCUCUGGGAAUGACCUUGGCCAUGCUGAAGCAGUCUCUGGAGGUCACUCCUUUGGCCAUGCUGUCCAGGCUGGUUUGUGGAGUUAGAGGGAAGACACUCAUCAUUAAUUUACCUGGUAGUGUCAAGGCAUCGGAGGAGUGUCUGCGAUUUGUCAGUCCGGGGAUUCCCCAUGCUGUCUCACUUCUGAAGGACAAGACAGAGGAAAUUCAGACUACCCAUACUGACCUCCAGUCCCGUGGUGUGGAGAUUCCUACCCCAGUAAAGGAGAAAGCCACGCAAAACAAAACAAUCGGUAUCUGUCGGCGGGAAGUGGAAAAAUCUAUAGACAACAACGUUCUUCAUAAAAUUCCGAAAACUCGAUUUUACCGAUCUCGACCUCAAAGAAGAAUACAGUAUUCGCCGAUAUCCAACACGACAUCUUGUAUACGAUUAGACAGACAGGAAACGCUGACGGAUGAAUUGUCGAAACGGCGCGACUCGUACACUCCCGCCGACGAAAAUAGCCGUGAUGUUUACAAUAUGGAUACAGAGAGCGUCCACAUUGACAAAAUAUACAACACGGAUCAAAGAAGAAACCUAUCUUAUUUGGAACAGGAAGUGGAUAAUCCACGGACGGAUCCACCUGAACGCCUUGUGUCAACCGUAGGUUCAGUGCAAAGUCUCGAUUUAAUUGGAUUACCGGAUUUAACGAAUGACGAAUUUCUAAUCACUGGACCUCCAAGUGUGCAGAGUAUACGAGUGGAGAGUCCCUCAAACAAUAUGAUGAGCGGAAAAGUAGCCAUGCACGACACAAGUGUAGCCAUGUUAGAAAGACCAGUGCCGCCCUCAUUUACCAUACCCAAGAAUCCGGUUCUCAUCGACCAUGGGGACGUUGCACAGAGAAUUAUGGGAAAGGACAUUAAGUCGUGUUUUGAACCUAUGGGGAAGAUCCGUAUGGAAUUCGAUGACUCCGAUUCCGAAGACGACAUUGACAUAUCGUCAUCUUAUAGAGACCACUCUGACGGUGAGUCGACGAUACCGUACGCUGAUGAUAGUGAUAAUGACUUUACGCACGACAGUCAGGAAAGUCAGACGGAUGGCGUAAAUGUGUACGAUUUUGAUACGGAGGCUAAUUUGAUGAGCCCACCUACAUAUAGAGCUGUUAAAAAGAGCGUUGCACAAGCGCGAAGGAUGCGGAGACGGAUGGACAAGAGAUGUGGAUUUCUUGGUGCUAAGCUACACAAGUCGUCAAUGUUCGGUGAAGUGAACUUCGUAGAGGUGGGCUUGAAAGUGCACGACUUUUUGAAGGAACAUCCAUUGAUACAAGGCAUAUACCUCAACAAAGGAAAACGAGCCAUGAAGAAAAAUUACGUGACCCUGUGUCGUCAAAAGAAUGUAGGGGACAAUGUCAAAUUAUCCUGGAAGCGAGGGGAACAGAGGCAGGGUCGAAACUGCUUGGACGACUACUUUGAGUAUACUGAGGAGGGUCGAGCUCGUAAGUCCAAGAUAGAAAGGAAGUUAGUGCGGGAUGAGUACGCUGUCAGCUGGUACAUGUGGUGUCCAGGUCACGGGAAUUGUAUCCGGAAGUGCGGUGGGCGGGGCAAGUGUGUCUCAGGGUGUCAAGGCAUGCAACACAAGCAGGACCGCCAUAACUGCAAAGUUAUGUUAAUCUUCAAACUGUACCUGAGCGAUCUGACAAAAUGGCGAGUACAGAUCACAGGACUGCAUGUCCCCAAAGGAACGACCUGGCUUCCCCCUCAGUCCCAGGAGAGGGGAAACAAGGAUCCGAUGUAUGGAGACACUCUCUAUGUCAGUCCCUCUGUGCUCGCACAAUUCAAACCACAAAGUCCAAUGUAUAAAAACAGCAAAAGUGAAAGUUCUAGUCCACAUAUAGAAAACGAAACCGUCCAGAUAUCCAUUCCAAAUAUAAACAAAAGCAUUCAACAAACCAAAGAUAAUCUCGUUGAUUCCACUCAAAAGAGGGCACAUCUUGUUACUUCUGCAUCCCUCUACAACUUGAAUGAUAAUUUGCUAACGGGUUUUCCAAAAAAUUCUAGUCAGAGUCUAGUCCUACUUCCUGAACCAAUCACAGACGCCGAGGCAAACCAGAAAAUAAUGGAGUGGAUGUCGGAAUCACCCGGAAAUGACGUCAGAAUUCCUAUACUUCCAACCUUUGAACUGUGAUUUUAACCGUUACUCUUAGGAAAUGUUUUGUGCCAUAUUGAAACAUUACAAAAUAUUUUUCGCUUUGUAUGUCUAUUUUUGGAUAUGUUAUUUCUAUAUACAUAUACAUGUGUUUAUGCAACAGACUGAAUUUAGCUUUAGAAUGAAAUCAAAAUCACCAAAGAAAAUGAGCAUACUGUAGUGUCCAGUCCAUAGUGUUGCAUUUCCCGAUUGCAGUAGAAUUCAGUGAACCAUGUUUGAGAUCUUCUUGACCGUAGCUGUAUGAUCUUUAACGUACCUUCUUGUUACCAUGCAUGAUGCACUUACAUUGUUUAUUACUCGCCGAUCAUUGUCUACAAUUUUUUCUGGAUUUAUCUAUUAAAAGACAGAAAUUGUCUCAAGUAAAUAGAAUUAGACCAUCUUAUGUCUGUACUAAGGAGGUCUUUGCUGCAUUCAGGAUCGUAGUGGCUAGCCUAGGUGCUGUUAAUUCAGGAUCGUAGUGGAUAGCGUAGGUGCUAGUAAUGGUGGUUGAUUUGUGUCAUUUUACACUUUGUUGUCUCUUUGUUAUUUCAAGGCAAAAAGACAACAAAACGAUAUUUAGUGACCUUUUUGGUUCGAAAUAAUGGAAAGACGACAAAAUGAUAAUGUUAGCUACUUUUCACCUCAAAAAACCCAAAAAGACAACAAAUUGUAAAUUGGCACAAAUCAGCCACCAUACCUAGCCACUGGGCUAGUCGUUACGAUCUUGAACACAGCCCACAUAUCAAUUGCACUGAUUUACAUUUAUCUUGGUCUCUAUUGAAUGAGAACUUCUAGUCUGUCAUUAACUUAAAGUGGCUCCCUGCACCUUGAAAAAGUUUUUCAAAUCAGCGCGAAAUGAUUUAAUUAACUUAAGAAAGAUAUGAUGAUACUACAUGUUGUGUGUAAUAAGUACAUAUAUCGAAAAGGUGAAAACAUGCAUUCAUUUGAGGGAAAACCCCAUGGUUUUACAAUUCUUUUUAAAGUAUCAAUAAAAGAUUCUGGCGGAUUUGAACUUGGAUCUGCGGGUCCUUGACCCGAUGCUUUAUCCACUGAGCUAUGAUGAUAGACAAAUCUUGUGAGGUAGUGUACGAAAAGUAAGUCUUGGUGCGAGGAGCUACCUAAAGUCUGGAUUUCGCUUUGCAUGGUUAUUAUUAUGAUUAUUAUAAUUUGUUUAUUACAGUAUUGAAAGAUUUUGAUAUACGUUUAUUCUCCGCAUCGACUGCUUUUCUUAAGGUACAUUGUAAUAAAAUCUGUUUAACCGUG